UUCAUUCCUAUUUACAUGAUACCACUUCUUCUCUAUUCUUUGCAGCCAUACAUAGAAGAAAUCUGCGAAAGCCUUCGAGGGGAUAUUUUCCAAAAGUUUAUGGAAAGCGAUAAAUUCACUAGAUUCUGUCAGUGGAAGAACGUGGAAUUGAAUAUUCACCUCAGCAUGAAUGACUUCAGUGUGCACAGGAUCAUCGGCCGAGGAGGGUUUGGAGAAGUUUACGGCUGCAGGAAAGCAGACACCGGUAAAAUGUAUGCCAUGAAGUGCUUAGACAAGAAGCGGGUGAAGAUGAAGCAGGGAGAAACGCUGGCUUUGAAUGAGAGGAUCAUGCUGUCUCUCGUGAGCACUGGGGACUGUCCCUUUAUCGUCUGCAUGACCUAUGCUUUCCACACGCCGGACAAACUCUGCUUCAUCCUUGACCUGAUGAACGGCGGUGACAUGCACUAUCACCUCUCCCAGCACGGGGUGUUUUCUGAGAAGGAGAUGCGGUUUUACGCCAGCGAGAUCAUCCUGGGCCUCGAACAUAUGCACACCUGCUUCGUAGUCUACAGAGACCUGAAGCCUGCGAACAUUCUCUUGGAUGAAUACGGGCAUGUGAGGAUAUCGGAUCUUGGCCUUGCCUGCGAUUUCUCCAAAAAGAAGCCUCACGCCAGCGUGGGCACUCAUGGGUACAUGGCUCCCGAGGUGUUGCAGAAGGGGACCUGUUAUGACAGCAGCGCUGACUGGUUCUCUCUCGGCUGCAUGCUCUUCAAACUCCUGCGGGGCCACAGCCCCUUCAGGCAGCAUAAAACCAAAGACAAGCAUGAGAUAGACCGCAUGACCCUGACCGUGAACGUGCAGCUUCCAGAUGCCUUCUCCCCUGAGCUGAGGUCCCUCUUGGAGGGUUUGCUCCAGCGGGACGUGAGCCAACGGCUGGGCUGCGGAGGAGGAGGGGCAAAAGAGUUGAAGGAGCACAUCUUCUUCAAGGGCAUCGACUGGCAACAUGUGUACUUACGGAAGUACCCGCCACCCCUAAUCCCUCCUCGGGGAGAAGUCAACGCUGCAGAUGCCUUCGAUAUCGGCUCGUUUGAUGAGGAAGACACCAAAGGCAUUAAGCUGUUGGACUGUGACCAGGACCUCUAUAAGAACUUCCCGCUGGUGAUCUCCGAGCGCUGGCAACAGGAAGUGGUGGAGACCAUCUACGAUGCCGUCAAUGCCGAUACGGAUAAAAUCGAGGCCAGGAAGAAAGCUAAAUAUAAGCAGCUUGGUCAAGAGGAAGAUUACGCCAUGGGAAAAGACUGCAUCAUGCACGGGUACAUGCUGAAGCUGGGGAACCCCUUUCUCACGCAGUGGCAAAGACGCUAUUUUUACCUGUUCCCCAACAGACUGGAGUGGCGAGGAGAGGGCGAGUCUCGACAAAAUCUACUGACCAUGGAACAGAUCAUGUCUGUGGAGGAGACCCAGAUUAAAGACAGAAAGUGCAUUUUACUCAGGAUAAAGGGAGGAAAGCAAUUUGUCUUGCAAUGUGAGAGUGACCCCGAGUUUGCACAGUGGCUGAAGGAACUGACAUGCGCCUUCACUGAGGCCCAGAGACUGCUGCGCCGUGCCCCCAAAUUCCUCAACAAACCACGUGCCGCCAUCCUGGAGUUCUCUAAGCCACCGCUGUGUCACAGAAAUAGCAGCGGCCUCUGAACCACAGAACAAGCAGCAGGGCCUGGAGGAGGGGCCCCAGCUCUUCAGCCCAGGAGUGGAGUAGAGCCACAGGGAACCGUGUGGGGCUGAUGAAACACAGUGGUUCUGAGCACUGGGCUGCUCCAGGCCGAGGAGGCCCACGACACCAGGGCGGCCCUCGGGGAGCUGGGAUAUCCUCGGGGCUGGCCUAUCCACACUCGAAAUUACUGAAGAAGCAGAGGCAUUUCUCUGUGCAACCCUCUGACUUUGAUAUCCAUGGACCCAGAAUGCAAAACGAUCCUUACCUCUCUAGCUUUUAUGUCUGGCAGGGAGCAUAUCUGGGGUGGGAUCACAGUAUCUGGGAUUAGAGUGGCCUGUCCUAGGCAUUGCUGUAUCUGAGUGCCUGCCUGAGGUGUGGGGGUUGAGAUCCUGGAGGAGGCUUCUCGGUAGGUCAGAGCUGAUUCCUUGCUGUCCCUGAGGUGAAGAGGUAGCCCUCAGCACCAUGUGCCUCUGAUGGCUUCUUUCCAGAGAUGCCAGUCAGAGGGAAGAGGUAGGAUAUCCCCUUGAGGAAACUCCACGACAUCCAUCAUGGCCACUUCUAGUGGGCAUGACCAGGACUUCAAGUAGGACAUAGGUAACCCACCAGACAGUGCCCCCCCAUGCAUGGAGCUCAUGAACUCGGGGUUACUAUUGACGGUUAGGUCUAUGACAGAGUCCUCCUGCUCUCCCUGUUUGACCUGGGGAGCAUUUGAAGAUAUGCCCAAGAUGGAGAAAGGUUUCUGCCUUGUCUUUCAGUAUAAUUUAUAAUGAUCUCACACUGGUGGGUGACAAUGUCCAGCGGUCCCCUGUGCACUCUGGCGGCACCCCACACCCUCUGUCACUAAUGCACUGUGUGCUGGGUUAUCCUGGCAGGCACAGCAGUUUGCCCAGCCCCCUUUCCCUUAAAGGUGUUUUUUUUUUUUUUCCCCCACUGCGGCCCUGAAUAAAUCAAUGCCAGGGCCCCAUGUCACCACACUGAGAGAGAAGUCCUGCAAAGUCUCUACGGACUUGUCCAAUUCCCUGGGGGUGGUGUUACCGGGUCUCUAGAGGAACACCUGAGCACAUAAACCUGACAGCAGAAUUCUUUGCGUUCUGGAUCUUCCUGACAGUUUCUUUCCCAGUGUGUAUUAUGUUCCUGUGCUGGGGAAAAAUAAGGUGUUUUAUUUAUUUAUAUGUAUUUUUUUUUAUUGCAGUUACCUUUGAGAGUUUGGAAGAUAAUUUACCGAGAGGGUCUGGUACUCUGCAGGUGCACAAAGGACCUGUGAGGCUCCGAGCCUGUCUCUCGCCAAACAUUCAGGGUUCAGGUUCACACACAGUGCCGCACUGUUCACUGCCUUCUGGGAUGAGAAUGUGGUGUCACCUAGCAUGGGCACCCUGGUUGCUUAAAAUAUUAGUGUUCAGAUUCUACUACACACACACACACACACACACACACGCGCACACACACACGCGCAGCUAAGUAUUGUGGUUACUGUGUAGGCAUGGUUAGAAUGGACAGCUCAUGCAUGUUCAAUCGGACCUGCAAGGGUUGAGGCUGUACCUCCGGCCUCUUUAGGGCAUAUAGAGACUUCCCCCUAUCCCUCCAUAUUGGGUGGGGGCUUGACCCCAGCACGUGUUGGACUAGCUGUGAAAAUCUCUUAUUGGGGUUAUAGCUGUACCAAAAUCUUUUAAGAUGACCUGGGGUCAUGGGAUCCUGCACCUGCACAAAAUCAUGCCACACUGUCGCAGAUAUAUCAUGUGUUGUUAUUUUGGCUGAGUUAAUUUUAAGUCUCCUUUCCUUUUAGAAAAAGAAGUGUGCAUGUGUGUAUGUGUGUGUAUGUGUGUAUAUGUGUGUGUGUGUGUGGUUGGGGGAUGUCUCCUAUGAGUUCUCCUGCCUCAGACUUCAAGUAAACCAUUUUGUCCCCUCAACUCCAUUUCCCUUGAGGACAGAACUGAGACAGAGGGCAGAUGGGCCCUGGCAGAGUCCUAGAGGUUUGCAUGAGCUGGUGAUGGAUCUGCUAACCACACCUCAGAGGCUGUCCUUCCAACCCAGCACGUGGCUAGGGUCCAUAGGGUGGAAGAAGAGGCCAGCUGAGGUUGUGAUGCACAGCUCUACGAAAGUUCCCAGCCUGCAGACGGGUCUCUAGAUGUCUCUUGUACUUAGACCGUUAACAGGACGAGGCGUGUGCUCUGGUGACUCGGGGUUUCUGGACUGGAGCGCUUAACAUGAUCGGGGUGUUCCACGUGAUGCUGUUUUUAGACAAUUAUGCUCUACAUAGGCUUGGCUUCCUAAAUCGAGAAUCAAUGCACAAAACCCAAGGAUAUUACAUGAUUUUAAAGCCUCUAUGUGACACACACCAAAUUAAAACCUUUGGCAAGCUCUAGUUUGUUUAUUCACUUAUCUUAACCUAAAAUACCCUCUUGUCCAUGGGGCGUCCUGCUUUUGCCUCUGGGUCAUAAUUAAAUGUGAUUUAAAAAAAAAAACAAAGCCUGUGGAAAUUGUCACUCAGUGGUUGACAGAGGAACCUGUCUUGCUAUUGAUACAGGAGUGUGCACAUUGAUAGGCCCGUUGGCUGACAUUACAAACUGUGUAUGUAAGACCAGCGAUGAAGGAUGGAUGGUGGCCUACCAGGAAUUGAUGGUGAAGGCUCACAAGCCCAGCCUCGAUUUAUAGAGGCAGGAGGCUUAUGAAUUUAAGGCUAGCCUGGGCUAAAUAACAAGUCUCUGCGUUCAGAACACCAAGGGCUGUGGCAGUAGCUCUGGGGCCAAGGUCAAGUGUCCAAGGUUCUGAGUUUAAUCCCCAAAGAGGGUAGACAAUGGGCAGCAGACUGUUAGCCAACUAGUAAGAUUUAGCUUGAGUGGUCGCCUUGAACUUGGCUAUGCAUCUAAAAGAAGCCCCACUAGCCAGGAUUGUUCACCAGUGGUCAAUGUGACAGAGGGGCAGAGCUCCUCAGGACAGGAACUUACCAUUUCUAUGGUAGGGUAAGGACAGAGGGAGAAGGCUUGGUUGGCUGAUGGAAGCCACACACACUUGGCAUGAUGACCCAUCAAGAAGGGAAUGAGAGAAGCUCACAGGACAUGCCCUCAGAAUCCCCCAAGGGAUUUUUUGCAAGCCUUGCUUGCUUUGUUCCCGAGGCAGAGCUGCUCCUGUCAUAAAGGUAACAUGUUCUUCGCUGGACAUUCCCAGGAAGGUUCCCUCAUCAGUGAUACAUCCUGGACACUGAGCCUGUCACCUGACACUGUGGGUGUGUAGCCCAGGCAGUGAGAGGCUAUGACCUAGUUACUGUCCUUAAAUGGACUGCCAAGGGGUGUGUGUCCAACAUAGACCCGGUGGACCCCAGAAUGACAUCAUGGCCUUCCUACAUGUUGGACUCCAUUUCUCGGAACUUUCAUAAUUUAAAAUUAAAAAAAAAUCUUUUCUUUUCCUGAGUGAGGUUUACUUGAAACAUUUGUCUUAACAAGAUUGCUUUAACUCCAUUGGUUGGUUCAGGCCUCUCUGUUUGUUGCUAUGGAAAUGAAGAAGGAUGAGCCUAAGUCCUCUUCUCCUCAGUGCAUGGUGGACAAUAGCAUUUUCUUUGUUGGUUGCUUUUUGUCUACUUAGAAAAAUAAGUGAGAACACAGUACAGAACCUCAGACCAGCAGCCCCAGUAUUCAGGACACUGAGACAGGAGGAUGACAAGUCCCAGGACAUCCUGGGCUACGGGAAAUCCUGCCUUAGAAAUAAAUAAACUAACAGACUAAGAGUUGUUUUCUGACACAGGUGUGACCGCUCCUACAAGCAACCAGAAGGUGCCAUGUUCCCAAAGUGGAAAACCACACAUUGUAAAAUGGCCUUUAACUAAAAAGCAGCCACAGAGACUGGGUUCAAAAUGUUCGUCUUUCAUGAAGAAUAGAUUCCCUUAGAGCUGAUUCAAAUCCAUAGCAUAGAGUUAGGUCUCCAGCAUCUAAUAGUCUGAGUCCUUCCUGCAAACACCUAUGCACCCCUUUAUAUUUUGCCGUAGAUGUAAAGCAUCUUUGACAGCAGUUUGAGGAUGGAGCCAUCAUUCUGAUUAUCAACUGUGAUUUUCUUUUGCUUCCUUGGAGUUUUACCUGCCCUGUGGUUAUAUGUAUUAUUUGUGGUUUAUAAACUCAACACUGGCUUUUUUUUUUUUAGUUCUGUUAUUAAAUUAUAUUUUUCUAUGUUUUAAGUAAUAGCAGAUCUGGCUUCUUCUGGUAACGGAGAUGGAUGGACCCUGUAACUAUGAGACAAGAGUUCUAUUUUAGCACAAAGGCAUUUUAUAUUAUUUAUUGAAUCCGUAUGUGCGUUCCCAUGGAAACCAUCUGUAUUUCUGCUUCUUGUGAUCUGUAUGGUUUGUUAUUUAAAGAGAAAUGGCAGCCUUUUGUGUUGCUGAGACAAUAAAACUGAGCUCCUACAAGCA